CCUAGUUACCAGUAGCGGAAGGCAACUGAGGCUAACAUUUCCACACAUUAUUUGAGCGUUUGCCGGUGUUAUCGCUUCAUUUUCGAUACCUUGAAAGAUGGCAGAACAAACAGAAGAGAAGAAAGCAGACACUGAUUCAAAGAGAGUACACACGUAUCCUCUCAUCAGGCAUUCUGAUAUGAAUGAUGAAAUGAAGACUGAAGCUAUGGAGUUGUGUGUCACAGCCUGUGAGAAGUUUGCCAGCAAUAACGAGAAUGCUGCCAAGAUGAUCAAGGAGACUAUGGACAAGAAGUUUGGCGCCUCCUGGCAUGCAGUUGUUGGUGAAGGCCUUGGCUUUGAGAUCACCCAUGAAGUGAAGAACCUGCUCUAUAUGUUCUUCGGUGGCAAUGUGGCCAUUGUAGUGUGGAAGUGUUCCUGAACAGUUGCAGUCAUCAGCUGAUGAACAUCACAUUGAGCUGGUCAUGUUCCUCCAACUAUGGAUCAGUCACUUUACAUUCUACAUCAUGCAUUAUCAUUCAGUGAAUGUGACACUGUGAAUUGUGUUCAAUGUGUAGGUAGCGGGAGGGGGUGUGAGAGGGGGUAACAAGGGAUAUCGUGUAAUCUUUAAAAUAAAGUAUGGACAGACAUUAAGCAUGCUAGGUUCCAUUUUUAACUUCUUUGUUCAGAGACAUGUUUUUUAAAUUCUAUGUAGCUGGAUGGGAUUAUUGUUGAUGAAACAUAGUUUGUUCAUUGCAGAGAUAACAUUUAUGAUCUUGUGUACAAAUCGUAUCUGCUAGUUGUACAUAUUUUAUUUAGAUAAUAGAUAUUACACUUACUCUGCAAUGUUUCCUUAUCUUCAAGUACAACUUCCAUGUUAUUGAUAUGGGUUAACUCCCUUUACAUGUCUGCUGGAAAAUAUAUGUAACUUUUCCCAAUAUGAAAGAUAUGUUAGUGGCAGGUUCAAAUUACUGGAGAACACACAUAAGACUAACUGAACACAAUAAAGUUAUUAUUGUUAUUUCUGAUUAAUGAUACUUACCAUGUCAUAAACACUUUGCACAUUUCUUUACCAUCUCAUUAUGACGCAUUACCUAUUGGCAGCCAUCUUGCAGCAUUGUCCUGUGUUGUGCACUUGCCUGCUAUGCCAUAGCAUAGACCAACCUUUGAUGUACCUUGGAGAAGUAUCCCUGUAUUAUUGCAGUAUAUAUAUAUGCCGCCUUUACAGUGUUUAUAUGUGUGUUAUACAGAGUUUCCCAUUCCCUUGACUUAAGACCAAGGUUGAUAUCACUUGAGCUAUGCAUUUGUACAUAGCAGUUCCAGAUUUUAGCAUUCCAUGUACAUACGUUAACUUUAUUAUUAUUAUUGAUGAAGUAUGAUAAUAAACGAAAUUUUAGUAUC